AUGGUGGAGAGGUUAGCCGAUGCUAAAGAUGAUGAUUUCAAGUGCGGUGUGUUGAUCUUUGAAGAUGGAGAGUCAAACAAGGUUGCGAGUGCCGUCAACUAUUAUUGGAACUACUACUAUGAUACAAGGCAAGGUUUGGAAGGAGAUCAACAUAACAUCAUUGAGGAAAAUGAAGAUUUAAGUGGCAAUGUUGAUGAAGGUAAUAGUGCCGACAAUGAUGAGAUGGAUCGAUGA